UGUGAGUAGAAGGUGUUAAUAGAAAUUGGGAUAACAACUGAAUUAAAGACUUAUUCUCUUCUUUGUCUACUUAUCCUAGGAAUACUAAUGUAAUGGCUGGGGGAAGGAACAGUACAAUAGUUACAAAGUUCAUUCUCUUGGGAUUCUCUGAAUUUCCAAAGCUCGCCAGUGUUCUUUUUUCAAUAUUCCUAGCGAUCUACCUCAUGACUGUGUCCUGGAACCUAGGCCUCAUCACUCUCAUCAGGGUGGACUCACAUCUGCACACACCUAUGUACUUUUUCCUCAGUAACCUGUCCUUGCUGGACAUCUGCUAUGUUUCCACUGUAGCACCCAAGAUGCUCUCAGAUUUCUUCAAGAAGCAGAAAUACAUCUCCUUUGUGGGGUGCACUAUACAGUACUUCUUCUUCUCUAGCCUGGGUCUGACUGAGUGCUGUCUCCUGGCUGCCAUGGCUUAUGACCGAUAUGCUGCCAUUUGUAAUCCUCUGCUCUACACUGCCAUCAUGUUGCCCACCCUCUGUGUGCAGAUGGUGGGGGGAUCUUGUGUAAUUGGAUUCUGUGGCUCAUUUAUCCAACUGUAUGCCUUACUUCAGCUUCAUUUCUGUGGGCCAAAUGUCAUCAACCAUUUCUUUUGUGAUCUUCCCCAGUUGCUGAUCCUAUCCUGCUCUGACACCUUUUUCUUUCAAAUCAUGACCUCUGUGCUCACCGUGAUCUUUGGGCUCACAUCUGUCCUGGUUAUCAUGAUAUCCUACGGUUAUAUUGUUGCCACCAUUCUGAAGAUCACCUCAGCUGAAGGCAGGUCCAAGGCCUUCAACACCUGUGCUUCUCACCUGACAGCUGUGGCUCUCUUCUUUGGCUCAGGUAUCUUUGUUUAUAUGUAUCCUAACUCUGGUGAUUCCCUGAGCCAAAACAAGUUGGCAUCAGUUUUAUACACUGUUUUAAUCCCCAUGCUAAAUCCAUUGAUCUAUAGCUUGAGGAACAAGGAAAUCAAAGAUGCCCUAAACAGAAGGAAGAAGAGAAUCUUUUUCUGUUGUUACUAA